UUUUACUUGUGAAUGUUAAUUGAUGGGCGGAUAGAUUCCAAUAAAACAAGACAUGAAGAGUUUAUUUUGCAAAGAUUUAAAAGUUAUUCGUAACAUUAAUUUAAGAAUGGGUUCAAAGAAUCUAUGGAUCUUAAUUUUGGUGUUUAUUUUAAAAGAAGCCUCCUCGGAAGAGGAAGUAAUAUGCACGGAGCCAUGGACGCAAAUCUACCGCUCAUGCGUCUACAUCAGCACCAUUUUAAAGACCCAAUCGGAAGCAGCUGCCACGUGCGACACAAUGGGAGGUUAUCUGCUUGUGAUUAGUGAAGUUAAAGAACGAACUCGUAUAGUUGCUGAAUUGUUGACAGUAUUUCCCCUGCGACAGUCGAAGAAACACCACCACUGGUGGGUGGGGCUAGAGCUUGAUGCCGAAACCGCACAAUGGAAGUGGGUUAGUGACGAAGAAUUUAGCCAGAAACUAACUGAGUGGGCCCCGUCGGGGUCACCGGGGAAGGAGAAAUGUGCUGUGUUCGACUACGAUUGGAAUCUUAGGGAUAAAAACUGUUCUAUUGAACACCAAUUUAUCUGUGAACAAAACCGUACAGCCGCCACGAUAGCUCCCUCCACUACAGUGGCACCAGUCAUCACCACUGAGGAGAUGGUCACGGAACAAGAAUCCACUUCUGAUGAAAAAGAAAUCGUAACAGAGCGGACCAUGCAGCCGACAACUCAGUACAUGACACCCGAUGUCGGUCCCAACCAGACGACGCGUAACCACACGGAUGAACCGACGGAACUUCCGGACGUCAGCAAGCAGAUAAGCGUUACACCGCGACCCGACGGCGACACCAGCAGCACACAGGAUCCUGGCGUUUCGACUACAGGUAAACCGGUUGUGACGGAUGCUGAGAACCAGGGGACGACUUCAAGUGGUGAAAGAGGCUCAAAUGCAACACGGACGCCACCAGACCCUAAACUGUCUACAAGCAAAAUCAAUCUGCCAGUGCCGCCUGGAGAGGAAGAAAGGGAAGCUGAAUUGGACAAAUUUAAGGGCUGUUACGCAGUGAACUACGAGAGCACGUGCCCGCCCGUACAGGCGUUUGGCAUCUUGUGGCCGCGCUCCAGCCACGGACCCGUGCAGGUCCAGUGUGAACACGGAAAUGCAAUGUGGCACUGUUCUCGGAACCAAGUUGUGUGCUGGCGAGGGGAACCAAAUGUUCAACAGUGUACUUCACAGGCUGUCCAGAGUCUUACCAGACAGAGCGAAUCGUUUCUGGAGGAACCCUGUAACACAGAGGCGGCGCUCGCGUUCACCGGAAGUUUGGCGGCCGCGGGCGAAAUCCCGGCCAUGUCUGAACAGGAUCUCUACCAGACGACCGUCCUCUUGGAGACGGCUGGUCGCGCAAAGCCCAACAACGCAUCACAGGCAAAAACCAUCAUAAAGGACAUCCUAAAGUGUGGAAGCGGUCUUGUCGCCAAUGAUAAGAAGAGCACGUGGGCGGGAAUGGAGCCGGCGUCACAACGGAUCGUUGCCGCCUCCCUCAUGCGUUCCGUCGAGAACGUGACUUUGGCGAUGGCGGCAACGUUCACGGAACCCGGGGUUCAGACGAUUGAGGACGAGAACAUAGCGGCUGAAGUGCACGUGUUGUCAAUGGCGAACACGCUUCCAGGGGAGAGAAAUGUGAAGUUUCAUAGGGAGGACAACUCUUUCUACAUACCCGAGGAAGAUUUAUUAGCUCAUAGCUCAGGCGGCGUUUCGCGGGCGGUAUUUCUCGAGUAUCGAACAUUUGGCGAACUGUUGGAACCACAGCAAUCAGCUGAUGUGAGGUCAGAGCGUCGUGUGGCCAGCCGCGUGUUGAGCGCCACUCUCGGAGGAACUGAGGGGCAGGUGAAGCUGACAGAACCAGUUAUAAUAGCAUUUAAAACGGAAAAGGUAGACGGGGUUGAGCGAUACCAACAGAAAUGUUCUUUUUGGAACUAUAGCCUUGGUUUCACGGGCUCCUGGUCCCAGAAGGGCUGUGCCCUGGACAAAACUAACAAUACCCACACGUUUUGUCGCUGUGACCACCUCACCAGUUUCGCCGUUCUCAUGGACAUCCAUAAAACAGAGAUUAAGGGUGCACAUACGGUGGUCCUGUCAUACAUCACCUACGCCGGGAUCAUCAUCUCUGUCAUUUGCUGUUUCUUCAGCUGGCUUACUUUUGUCUGUCUCAGUUGCCGCUUCAUCAAAGGACAUCGUAGCAGCGCCGACGAGCGGGGUAACAGUGGCGGUAGUAACUAUGCAGGCUCCGCCUCUCGAUCCGUUAACGGGGAGCGGAACUCAAUCCACAAACAUCUCGUGUUCGCGAUCUUCGUGGCGGAAAUCCUCUUCCUUGCUGGUAUACAGAGGACGGAUGAUAAGAUCGCGUGUGCGGUGAUCGCGGGCGUGCUGCACUUCUUCUUCACAUCAAGCUUUUUCUGGAUGCUUCUUGAGGGUAUCCACAUUCUCUUCAUGCUCGUCCAGGUGUUUGAUGCCGCCAGGUCAAGGGUCAAAUACUACUAUCUCGUCGGAUAUGGAUUUCCACUUUUAAUUGUUGGAAUAUCUGCUAUAGUUUAUCAUGAUGGAUAUGAUACUGAGAAAUAUUGCUGGUUGACAUCGGACAGAAAGUUUUUAUGGAGCUUCGCCGGUCCCGUAGCAUUUAUUUUACUCGUUAACCUGUUGAUAUUGAUAUACGCCAUGACAGCGGUGUGUAAACAUUCAGAGUAUGUUUUCACGAAGGACAAGUCUCCGACAGGAAACAUAAGGGUGUGGAUCCAAGGAGCCUUGGCUCUUGAAGUGCUGCUUGGCCUCACUUGGGUGUUCGGCUAUUUCUAUAUCAGUGAGGAGGCCCUUCCAUUCGCAUACCUCUUCACCAUUUUCAACUCCCUCCAGGGCCUAUUCAUCUUCGUAUUCCACUGUGUACUCAAUAAAAAGAUCCGCAAGGAAUACAAGCGAUUUAUCAACUUCAAGCGGAGGCCGACGUCCAGCGGUACCCACUCCACCAAGGCGAACACUUCCGGUCACUCAAGCGGCCUCCAGCUCCACCACCGCUCGGAGCCAGGCUUCUCCGACGACUCUAAAACCGCCAACGGCAAGGACCACUGCACGUCCAGUGAUGCGUGAACGUCCGGGUCCAGGUGUCACGAGGACCAAAUUACAUGAUAAUUAUUUACUCGCCACGUGCAUGAUAAUGACACGUUGUCUAUGUUGUUGUAAAUCAUACCUUUAUGAAUUGACUCGUUAACAAACCACGUGUGACUCGUGCAUGAUUAUGACACAUAGUCUAUGUUGUUGUAAAUCAUACCUGUAUGCGUUGACUCUUUAACACACAGCGUGCGCUUCGUGCAAUAAGAGAAUUGUGGAUUAAAAGUGACGGCAUGUUAAAUACAUUCAAAUAUGGAUGAGGAUCCGCAAAAGUUCAUGAAGAAAUUACUCUGAAAAUAAAAUAUUCGUAUGGAUAUAUGGACGGAACUUCUUGCCAAGCUUAACUGUGUGUUUUAUUUAAAAACUGAUAAUUAUGUACCGGUGUCUCAAUAUUUAAUGUGCUUGUUCAAUAUUGUGUGGAUCAAUUUUGUUUGUUCAAAGAAUGCUAAGAAAGCAAUGCUUAACUAGUGCUGGGGCGAGUUGCUAUGUUGUACCUUGGACGCAUUUUGUUCCUAGGAGCGAUCUUGUACCUAGGAUGCAUUUUGUUCCUAGGAGCGAUCAUGUACCUAGGACGCAUUUUGUUCCUAGGAGCGAUCAUGUACCUAGAACGCAUUUUGUUCUAAAAAGCGAUCAUGUACCUAGGAAGUAUUUCAUACAGAAGCGAUCUUGUACCUGGGAGCGAUCUUGUGUAGGAGGUAUUUUGUAUCUAGGAGCGAUCUUGUUACCAAGGAGGUAUUUUGUACCUAGGAGUGGUGUUGUACCUAGGAGGUAUUUUGUACCUUAGAGCGAUGUUGUACCUAGGAGGUAUUUUGUACCUUGGAGCGAUGUUGUACCUAGGAGGUAUUUUGUACCUUAGAGCGAUGUUGUACCUAGGAGGUAUUUUGUACCUUGGAGCGAUGUUGUACCUAGGAGGUAUGUUGUACCUUAGAGCGAUGUUGUACCUAGGAGGUACUUUGUACCUUGGAGCGAUGUUGUACCUAGGAGGUAUUUUGUACCUUAGAGCGAUUUUGUACCAAUGAGGUAUUUUGUAUCUAGGAGCGAUAUUUUACCUAGGAGCGAUAUUGUAUUUAGGAGGUUUAUUGUACCUAGGGGCGAUGUUGUACGUAGAAAUGUGAUAAUUGUGAUUGUUUACAAUGCAAUAAUCGUGUUGAAUUACCCUCUUAAAGUACAAAUUCGCUUUAAGGGUUCUUCAAGAACCUUUGAUAUAUUCUAUUUUAAAUCGAAGUUGAACUCAUAUAAACGCUGUGAUAUCACUCAGUGUAAAGUCAUUUCAGCACACUUUUUGUUUGAUACUUAUCUUAAAGUAUAUACUUUUAUCUGUAUCGACAUGCUUCAAAAGCAAUAAACUCAUUAAAAGCAA